CACGAGCAUUUAUGGGGUUUUAUGGCUUCUCCACGAUGGCUCUUGAAAGAGACAACUGAGUUGCCACCUGGGAAGACGGGGUUUAAAAGUUUGCCUCGCUGGAAGCGGGCAUCACUAGACAGGAGGCAGAGACUGGAGGAGGAGGCCCGCGCGGCGUGGAGGCGGUCCUGGGCACGGCGGAAGCGAGCGCUCGUGGCAAGUGGUGGCAGGUGGCAGGUGGCAGGUGGCCGGCCCACGCGAUGCAGAACACCAUGACAUGUCCAGCCAACGCCACAGUGUGCGCAGAGGCAUCCUGCGUGGUGACCGAGAGCGACUUCAAUGCGGUCCUCAGCCUGGUGCUCAGCACCGUGCUGACCAUCCUGUUGGCCAUGGUGAUGUUCUCCAUGGGCUGCAACGUGGAGAUCGAGAAGUUCCUGGGCCACCUGAAGCGGCCCUGGGGCAUCUUCGUGGGCUUCCUCUGCCAGUUCGGAAUCAUGCCCCUCAUGGGUUUCAUCCUGUCUGUGGCCUUCCACAUCAUCCCGAUCCAGGCCGUGGUGGUGCUGAUUAUGGGCUGCUGCCCUGGAGGUACGGCCUCCAACGUCCUGGCCUACUGGGUGGAUGGCGACAUGGACCUCAGCGUCAGCAUGACCACGUUCUCCACGCUGCUCGCCCUGGGAAUGAUGCCCCUGUGCCUCUAUAUCUACACCAAAAUGUGGGUUGAUACCGGGUCCAUUAUCAUCCCCUACGAUAGCAUAGGUACUUCUCUGGUGGCUCUUGUUAUUCCUGUUUCCAUUGGAAUGUUUGUUAAUCACAAAUGGCCCCAAAAGGCAAAGAUCAUACUUAAGAUCGGGUCCAUCGCAGGUGCCAUUCUCAUCGUCCUCAUCGCUGUGGUGGGAGGCAUACUGUACCAAAGUGCCUGGAUCAUCGAGCCCAAACUGUGGGUCAUAGGAACAAUAUUUCCUAUAGCUGGUUACAGCCUGGGGUUCUUCCUGGCUAGGAUAGCCGGCCAGCCCUGGCACAGAUGCAGAACAGUUGCUUUGGAAACAGGGAUGCAGAAUAGCCAACUGUGCUCCACCAUCGUGCAGCUCUCCUUCACCCCCGAGGAGCUCAACCUGGUGUUCACCUUCCCACUCAUCUACAGCAUCUUCCAGAUCAUCUUUGCCGCAAUAUUAUUAGGAAUUUAUGUUGGAUACAAGAAGUGUUAUGGGAAAAACACUGCAGAAUUUUCAGAGAACAAAGAUAAUGACACCAAGUCGGAGUCAACGUGUCACAAGACAAAUGGAGGCUUCCAGCUGGAUGAGAAGUAGACUCCAAGUGAACAAAAAAGGAAAAAAGAAAAGUGCUAAACAAAAAAUUCUUAAACUAUACCAUAGAUCAUUCUAUUUUUUUUUUUGGUGGGAUAGUUAGUAGGGAAAAGUUAAAGUGCAAAUUUAAAUUUGAAUUGAAUCUACAUAUAGGUUUUGGUACAAAGUGACUAGUGCUCUGACUUACUGAUUAGGCAAAUAUUGUAUCAUAUAUACAUAUGUUCUAUACACACACACACACACACACACACACAUACAUUCACACACCACUUACUGGUUAUCUCUGGGAUGUUCUUCAGUACCACUCAAAUUCCUCAGGUAAUAUGGCAUUUGCAUUAACUUUCUCAUGUAUCAGAAAUUAUCUCUAGUUGACUUAUAAUACCUAACACAAUAUAAAUGCUAUGUAAAUAAUUUUUUACUUAUUGCUUAAUGACUAAUGACAAGAAACAAAAUUUGUAAUAUGGUCAGUAUUUUUUUCAAGUACAUGGAAUCUGUCAGAGUUCGUAAUAACCACAAAUACACAAUUCACAUAUGAAGGUCCAAAUGUAUAUAGAGAGUGUACAUAUGGAGACACUGAAGUAUUCUCAAAAAAUACAUGUAGACCCAACCUAGUAUAGAUGGUGACACUGAAGCCCUGCCACACCCACCCCAUAUUCUAAUACUUAAUCUCAUAAACUAUAAACACUUUUUAUAUAUUGAAAUGGAUAUAAAUAUAAACUUUUUGUAUAUUGAAAUAAAUUAUUCUUGUGAGUUUUUCCUCAGUAUUUAUGAUUGUAAAAAAUAAUUGAAAUGAAUUUACUCAACUGGCAUUUUAAUUGUUAUUUUGAAAACUGUGCAAACUAUUUAUUUAUACAUCUUCUUUGUAUAAUAUAGGCAAAUAUCUGACUUCCUAUUUAAAAAAUAAAAGCCCUGUAAUAGUCCAAAAGCAGAA